AUGCCUCACGCAUACCCUUUCCUCACUCCUGAGCAGAAGAAGGAGCUCAGUGACAUCGCUCAGAGGAUCGUCGCUCCCGGCAAGGGAAUCCUUGCUGCAGAUGAGUCCACCGGUAGCGUUGCCAAGCGCUUCCAGAGCAUCAAUGCUGAGAACACUGAGGAGAACAGGAGGCUGUACCGCCAGCUUCUCUUCACCGCCGAUGACCGCGCCACCCCAUGCAUUGGCGGCGUCAUCCUCUUCCACGAGACCAUGUACCAGAAGACCGACAGUGGCAAGCUCUUCCCCCAGUACCUCAAGGAGAGAGGCAUGGUGGUGGGCAUCAAGGUCGACAAAGGUGUCGUCCCUCUGGCCGGAACCAACGGCGAGACGACAACUCAGGGUCUCGAUGGACUGUACGAGCGCUGCGCUCAGUACAAGAAGGACGGUGCCGACUUCGCCAAGUGGCGUUGCGUGCUGAAGAUCACCCCUACCACUCCCUCAAGACUGGCCAUCAUUGAGAAUGCCAACGUUCUGGCCCGCUAUGCCAGCAUCUGCCAGAUGCACGGCAUCGUGCCCAUCGUGGAGCCCGAGAUCCUCCCCGAUGGCGACCAUGACCUGAAGCGCUGCCAGUACGUCACCGAGAAGGUCCUGGCUGCCGUUUACAAGGCUCUGUCUGACCACCACGUCUACCUGGAGGGCACUCUGCUCAAGCCCAACAUGGUUACCGCCGGCCACUCCUGCUCCAUGAAGUACAGCAACCAGGAGAUCGCCAUGGCCACCGUCACUGCCCUCCGCCGCACCGUGCCCCCUGCAGUCCCUGGCAUCACCUUCUUGUCUGGUGGUCAGAGUGAGGAGGAGGCCUCGGUCAACCUGAACGCCAUGAACCAGUGCCCACUGCACAGGCCAUGGGCACUGACCUUCUCAUACGGACGUGCCCUGCAGGCGUCUGCCCUCAAGGCCUGGGGCGGCAAGAAAGAGAAUGGAAAAGCUUGCCAGGAGGAGUUUAUCAAGAGAGCUCUGGCCAACAGCCAAGCAUGCCAGGGAAAAUAUGCUUCCAGUGGAUCCAGCGCUGCUGGUGGAGAGUCUCUGUUCGUGGCUAAUCACGCUUAUUAA